UAUUGUGCAAAUUCGUGCCCGUCGUAUAAGUAGUACUUCUUCAUGGCAGGAUAUCUCCGGCAGAAGCUGAAAAGAUCCACAAGCAGCAAGUACUCGUGCGAAUUGCAAGAAAACAGAAAACACACUCCCGGCACCAUCAACACCACCUCCGACUCUGACAUCGCCGAUUCUAUCGCAGAUCGUGCACGGUUCCUAAAGAAUCCGGCCAUACUAGAUACGCUUGACUCCGUUCAUCGGUCGCUGCUGUUCAACAAUCUCAAAUUUGAUACCGAUGAACACACUGGUCUAGACAGUCGCAUCUUACCGGGUGAUCAAACGAGACGCAAGGAAGAACCACUCGAGUCAACGAAAGCAGCAAACACUCGAGAGCCGUCUCCAAAACAGAGUUUCGACAAGGUAAUUAUUGCGGAAGCGUCAUCAGAUGUCAGAUCAUCAGGAAAGGAUGUGGUAUCACAAUACGAGCAGCUACACCUCCAGAACCGUGGUAUAGCGUCCCCUACGUACGCCGACUAUGCCGACUCGCUAGAUGAUGAACUGGAAGCACUGUUUGGAAGAGACUGGAACAAUAAUCUUAACGGAAAAGGUGUCGAACGUGCCAGCCGUGUCAAAAUGAUGGUGCAGCAGUACGAACAGGAUAAGGCCGGUGAGCCACAUCCCGUCAGGAGGGUAUCGCCUCACACCAUCGGCGAAAAGGGCGAGUUCUUUCGUCCUACCAGUGGACCUUCGAUAGACGAUGUGGAAACAAGCGAUUUUGAAAGUGCUAGUGUAACGAGCGGUAGCAGUGCAUGUGGUGGUGGUGGUGGUAGACGCAGUGUGCGCACCAGUUCCGCGUUCAGCGAAGGUAGCCGAGAUGUUGCCAGUAUUGAUCGGUUUGAUCUGGCAGUGACAAGUCAGCAGCAGCAGAAGCAUCAGGAAGAUUUAGCAGCAGGCCAUAAUACGAUGAUUACCAUUAACAUUAACUAUCGAUGUGAUACUAACCCUCUAAGGACAAGCAAAGCUACUACUACGUGUGCAGAGGAUGAUGUCGCAAGGAAAGCUGUAGAUAUUGUAGUUUCAGCACCACCGCAGGCGGUGGCUGAAGAUGGUCGAAAGUCGUACAGAAGUGAUAAAGCAAUUCACCAGCAGCCGGCAGAACGAUACGUUCUCGGUGCUGCGGCAGACCUUGAGGAAGCAGAAUUGAUGGAUCUUGAACAGCAAGAGCCAGCAUUGACGGAUGAGUUGGUAUCGACUGCAUCGGAAGAGAAAGAAAGCGACGAAGUGCUGAUAGACAAAAAUGCGGGUUGUGAAAGGAAGAUGGAUUAUGCCGCAAAAGAACAGCGUGGUUCGUUAACAAACAAUCGGUCUUGCCGUUCGCCCGACGACGAUGAAUACCACGACUGUGAUGAUCUUCACGAGUCGACACUUUCCUUCUACGAGCAAGCUUGCUCCCAGCCAGUAACACCACAGGACCAGAAGAAACGUUCUUCAAGUGUGCACGAUGACCCAAGUGAAUCACGCACUGAGUGUAACGAUGAACUGAAUGGGGAGAAACCAAUGAUCAAAAUCGUCCAAGAACUGUCGGAGGACCAUAGAGAUGUCACUUCUACAAUAACGCUAAGCAAAGCUCAAAUACGAGACAUGCAAAAGGCGACCGGUGCCCGGCGUAGUGCGGAUGCUGUCGAAGAACUGAAAAGACAUUCUCCGCCAGAUGAAAAGAGUAACAACGAAAAGAGAAGAAAAUCUCACAGCAAUAUUACUACCAAAAAGCGUCACGACAAAUCGAAUCUCCAGCGUCAGCAGCGUAUAAUAGAUGACAAUUUCUGUAACGAAAUUCUCGACUCAACCAUCCACUUCGAUCGGCUUUAUGGAAACAAUCCCCCAAGGCGGGUUGCGAUGGAAAAGCAGGAUGUUAUCUCUUCGCCAUCUCCAACACGGCUAUCAAAAGAAGAAUGUUUUAGCGAUUCGGUUGUGUGUGGAAUUGCGUCGCCGGGAGAGGAAUCGUUCGAUUCCGCUAUGUCGGUGGGAAAAUUGGAAGGAAAACCGCGCUAUUCAGGCAAAACUGUCGGACGAUUGAUGAUGAGACGUUUGAAAAAACUGCAAGGAGUUAGUGCACCACGACCGUUGGAUAGCUCGGAUACGUCAACCAGCUCCUCUACACAGCAUAUGAGUGGACCGAAGAAACCUCCCCGAACGUUCGCUAACUCUCCAAAACGAUCGUCCGUGCUUCCGGUUCCUUCCUGUCCAACGGCGAACGAAGUGGCAGGCAAUGAUCCUUUUGACAGUGAAAUCGGUUGGAAACUUGACACAAAACCUCGAUCUCAUCAGGUCGGGUGGAAGGUACCGGCCGUUAAUGGGAAAAAUGAAUCAAUUCCAGCACAAAUUUACAGCAUGCUUAACUACUCGGAGGAUGAAGGGCGUAACAAAUUGAUCAGGACGGGAAAUUCAAAGCCAGCACCUCAGCAAUCCUCCGCUUCGAAGACGAAAAAUAAAUACUGGCCUGAUGGAGAACCGAUUGGGCCUAAGCUUACAAUAGAUACGGUCGAUGGCGCCAAAACACCCUCUCGACGUCAUUCAACAUCGACCGAUUUUGAACGAUUCGUACGGGAAUCUAAUGUAAAAAGUACACCCCAUCGUAAGAGUGACAUUGGUGGCAAUCGUACGGAAACCCGGCGCCGGAUCGAACUAUUUCUAAGCGAAGAACGCCAACAAAUUCCGGAAGCGCAACGAAAGCUGCCAGCAGUAGAUAGGCGUCGGCGAACAACCGGUGGUAUAUUUGAGAGGCGUCGACAGCAGCAGGAAAAUUUUUUAGACGAUGCCAGGCGUACCAACCAUGAACCGCGAAGGAAAAAAGUAUCAAGCGGACGGCCAACUUCUUCUGCAGCGCACAAAAAAGCCUGCUGUCCUGCAGCAGCUGCAGUAGUUUCUAAUGGUGAAUCUUUAUCUCGCCCCAAUGGAGGAAGUGCUUGCAGCGGAGGAAAGGUGGAAAAACGACGAACGUUUCGCAAGGCAGCUUUGUUGAAACGUACACGUACCUUGUUUGAAGCUUCCAAGAAGAAAAUAUGGGCUAUAAAGAAAUUUGAAACUCCGAAGAAACAUAAUGUUGCAAGAAAUGCUUCACCGUCAGCUGACCCUUCCGAACGCGAUCCUAAUAUAAACCGCAAUAGCUCUGUGAAGAAGAAGUAUAAGUUGCAUCACAAGCACUUAGGAUACACUCCGGUUCAUUUGAGGUGUAAAUCUUGUGGCUCCGGACAAUUAGACGAUAAUCGGGAAGCAGAAGCAGUAGUUGUGCCUGUCAAUUACCGUUCUACUCGUCAGAAUGCUCCGUCUACCCGCGUAGCCUCCAAUUCAUCUGACGAUGAAAAUAAGGAAAAUCUGUGCGAGCGUGAUGGGAGACAACGUAAAAGCGCUGGUGAAGAAAUGAAUCGCAAAUCGGCACGUAGUCUCAAUUUUGCUUCCGUUGCACAAGGACAACGAUUAAAUCCAUCGCCUGUGGAGCAUUCGGAUUGUGAGACAUCAUCUCCUCGCAAGAACGGAAAAGCGUUAACCGAGACAAAGUUCCUUAAGACGCUUCGUAAUUUAAAAAUAUCCCCAAAACGAAUAUUUCGCUUUGGGACAAAUUCGUCGACAUCGCUCGACAAACGAUCGACGGACGGGGAAAGCAAUGUGCAGGGAGAAUUCCAAUCGUAUGAUGAUCUGAAUCUGGACGAUGUGGCUAAUAUGGGAGAUUUUCUCAGUAACAUUCGGCGACGAUUAAUUGAAGACGAGCCGGACCUUCCAGUAAAUGGACGACACUCCACAGCUAAAGUUCCGGUUGAUGUCCACGACGUGCAGGGAGAACCGAUUUAUCAGGAAAUUUCACCGAAGGGAAACAAAAUGGUUCUUAACGAGUUUAUAAGCAGUGAUACGAACAAGCGGUACUUAAUGGUAAACAACAAUCCGAACAUCCUGUACGCGGUGGUGGAAAGCAAAUCGGCCCGAGGCAUGUCGGGAAGGUUGGUGAGAGCGCGUUCACUUACGAAUGUGGAUCCAACCGUUAAAUCAACUCCGGUUAGUAAGCCACAAAACAAUACAAGCAAAAGUCAGACGAAAGCGAACAAUCGACGUGUCACCAUGUCGCCACGUUUGGAGGGACGUACCAUCGAUUUUGUUGACGUAGACGAACGGGAGAAUUCCCUGUACAACACCGCAUUGACAGAUAACACCAACGCUCUACAAAAUAGGAGUAGUGAGCUCGGUAAUGGCGUUGGUAGCAGUGGAACAGCUAGCAGAUCAUUGAUGGCAGCCGAAAGUACUCCCGGCAGUUCCAUCCGGAGGUCCCUAUUUAGUCGACAAACACACUCAGAUCUCGAUCGUACUUUACCUCAUCACCAACACCACCACCAGCAUUCAACUGACGAUAGUGAUAUUUCGAUUUUACAGGAAGAAGAAAGUAGGGACGCUGACGAAACCUCACUGGAUUCGUUGCCUGACAAGCCAUCGAUCGUAAAUGAACCACUGAUUGUGCGGGAACGGGUUGAAGAUCGGUUGACAUUCCGUAAGGAAGCGGAACGUUUCCAGAAGAAUUCCUCUGCCUCAACAUCAUACCGUGGUGGACGGGAAAAUCUGUUUGCGUUCGAAAAGGACAUCAUAGUUGAGGAAGAGAUGGGUGGGAAGAAUGUAAAGGCGGACGUAGAUGAUGCGGGUACUGCACUAGGACAAAAUUUGAUCGUAAUGAAGGCGCACAAAUCAGUGCAAGUGAAAGUGGGCGGGAUUGGUGCUGCUCCGCUCGGUAAUUUCGAUACGGAUAGCGAGAUCGAUUCAUUGCAACGGUAUGACGAUGGAGAGAUUGAAGAGCUAGUUAAUUCACUGCACGACAAUGUGACCCUCUCCGACAUGGGAACGCUUGAAACGGCAACUACCACUUCUUCGUCAAUGGGCAACGGUCUCGAAACGAUUGGAUACGAUACGGUCGACCUAGCUCAACCUGUAUCACGAGCAUGCCAUCCACCACCGAUCAAAAACUUAACCAUCGACACGGUGGACGUUUCGGAGCUGAUAAGUCACGCUCCGGAUGAGAGUCUGUCUACGGCGAACCGCUCACCCAUCAACAGCUCACCGUCGAGCGCCAAAUUGUCAACCUCCGGCACGGCUGUCAUGCGCAAUUUGAAGGACAAAUUGCGGAGCUCUUUUCGGAAAAGCAAAACGUUUAUCAAAAACGAAAAACAACGUCUCGCUAACUAUCUGCUGGAAGACAAAUCAGGAAGUAGAUCCCCGUCAGUGGAGUCAUCUACGACAAGCUCUCCGCGUAAAUAUUCAACCCCAAAUAGCAGUGGCCAUAAAAAGAGUGGUCGUACACCGGAUCGGUACCGAAAACAGGAGUGUGAGGCCGAAACGGACGAAUUGUAUCAAUCGUUCACGCAGAGUAGCAUCGUGACGGGAAGCUCGAUGACAGAGCUCAGUUGCCAGCACAUGAACGAUCUAAUGCAGCAGAUAAUUAGGCAAAGUGAUGCCCGAAAGCAGCUCAAACAAGCCCUCGCCAUCUGUCGCAGUACGCGCGAGUUUGAGUGCUCACCGGAACUGAUCGAGGCGGAACGGUUACUUUUGGUUGCCACGCAAAAGGAGACGGCGGUGCGCAAUGAGCUUAAUAAGAUCGAUUACCUGACCAACGGGAUGACACUGGCGGAUGGAAAGUGCGUUGGUACGGUUACGUUGAGUAAUUUUGAAUUUCCGCUGAAGGAAACAGCUAUACGGGAUGCACUAUUCAACUAUUUCUACGUUGUGGUGUGCACGUACAAGCAUGAGGUAAAAGCCACAGUUGCCAAAGAGCGCCAUAUUGAUGGUCGGGUGUAUUUCCGCAACUGUGCUAUACAGUUUAAAAAUCUGGACGCCAAUUACGAGAUAAAGGUGGAGGUGUUUGUGCUGCAACUGCGCAAGAACGUGAAGAACUACAGCUUCGAAAGCCGUUAUCAUCUAGAGAAGGAUACAAAACGACCUCUGAGUUGUCCUUCACCUACGAAAAAAUUGCGUGAAGCUGGCAGGAUGUUGUCUUUCCGCUCCAAUUCCCCGAAAACGUUCGAUUUCGACAAUGAAUUUUCACGAUUCAAGUCGCAAGGCUUCCUAACGCUCACUUCCUUCACGCUGUUAACGGCGGCAGGUAAUGAGGGAGAAGAAAAUUCCGCGGAGGAAACCCGACCGUUCGAUGCGACGUAUGCAACCGCACGCUCGAAUCAAACCACCCACAUGUCCACGAUGCUAGAGACUGGCGAUGAAGCGUUACUAGUUGCGGGUAAUUCCUACUACUCGGCAACGGGACAUUUCCAGCCCGUCGUUUGUCGACAGGACGAUCAGAGCGUCGUAUUUGUGGCGGAAGAUUUUAAAUAUCUUACGCUCGAUUCGAUGGCGUACACCUCCAACAUGGUCGGCACGAUCGGUAUAAACGUGCGCAGUGAGGUACGGUUUGAUGGGUCCAAUAUGAGUGGAUUUUUGGAUGUCGGUGAGAAGGUGGAUGGUAACGAAGGGAUCACCUGGAGUCGACGAUGGUGUCAGAUGAAUGGAUUUAUGCUCGAGUUUUGGAACUAUCCACAGGAGUGCCAGGAAAAGCAACCGAUUCUGUAUAUCGAUCUGGUAAAAUGUAUUAACGAGCGUAUCGAGCUAGCCGAUCGUUCGAUCUGCUCCCGGCCACGCACUGUGUGCAUUGAGAUUUUCUCUUCCCGUGUGGCAGCAGCAGCCGGUGCUAGUUGUAAUAGCAGCGGCAUUGGCAGCUUACGGAGCAGCGGACGAACGAGAAGUCCCAGCUCGAACGAGCACGAGCGGGAACACAAUCGCCCGAUGUCGCCUGAUGAUCGAGAGCGGAACCAACAGAACGUAACGUGCUACCUUUUGGCGGCGGACACACAGAACGAUCUGAGGGGUUGGCUGAAUGAAUUAAAUCGCGUAGUAAAAUUUUUAAAGGAAUGGAAAAUUUAA